UUAAGAGCCUCCCCUGAGUGCUGGGACCUGGCAAGGUUCUGUAUAGAAAAAUGAAGAACAAAAUCCUCAGGAUGCCAGAGUUUCUGUGCAAUCUGUCCAGAGGCUGGGGACCUAGACUGUCAGCUUAUCUAAAGCUGUCUGUCAAGAUUAUGUGACCUUGAUUGAGAAGACACACAUCGGAUGUCAGCUGUGUCUGGAAAUUGCUUGCAGACUUUGUUUCUGUUUCUCCCCUCAAAAAGGCCCAGUGCCGUGUCAAAUGUCAGAAGGAAUGCACUGGGCUAGGGGACAGUGCUAAGUAAUGAUAAAGUCAUGAUGCUUAGUCACACCACUGUCAGACUAUUUUCAGCUUCUAUACUUACUCAACAUCCUGCCUAUAACCAAAAGAGCUGACUUAACAUUAAAGAUGGAAAUUUACUCUUCUAAUUUGAUAGUUUUAAAAAAAAUAAGCCAGUGAGCCUUCUGUGUUUUCGUUUCUAUCUACAUAGUAUCCUUAGGGGAGACAAACUAGUCAGAAGCAGUGGCUUGUGAUAAGUGGACAGAAAUGAUCAGGGGACUUCAAGGAGCCUCUACAAACCUUAAAUGUGCAGAUGCUCUGAGAGCUGCACACCUGACAGCUCAGGACGGUAGAGAUUAUGGAAGGAUCACUGUUGACUGACCCAUUCUCCAGUUGAGUUCUAAGGUUCUAAUGUGCUGUGUAAAAUGAUGGGCCUGAGUCAGUAUCCAUAGAAACUUGAUAAAAGACAAGGAGCCCUUCUGUAGACAAUGCUGGAAAGUCAAAGUUCAAAGACCCAGGCAUUCAAGGGGCAGGUAAUUAAAGGUUUCAACAGAACAUCUGAACCUAAUAAGAUAGAGUUUUCAUAUAGAUGGAUUAAGAUCUUAAUUUGUUUGUAUGUGUGUACCAAGGAGAGGCAAAUUUUGCAUUUUCAUUUUGCAUUUGCUACAUUAAUUAUACCUAUUGCUCUGAACCCCUUGUUGAGAAUAAGAAAACCACCUCUUUCAACAUUAUUUGCAGAUAUGGAUAUUCAUGACGACCCUAGUGAAGACCAUCUUACAAGUCAUGACAUUCAGCUCUGUAUCCAGGAGUCCAUUGAAGCAAGCCAGGCUGUAGUCCACCCUGAAAGACUGGUGACUCUAAGUGAUCAAAACCGAAAGCUUGUAGAGGCCAUAAGGCAAGGUCACAUAUUUGAGCUCCAGGAGUGUGUGCAACAUAAAUAUGCUCUGGAUGAAGCUGAUGAGAAAGGGUGGUUCCCAUUACACGAAGCUGUUGUUCAGCCCAUCCAACAGAUACUCGAGACUGUUCUGGACGCAUCCUAUAAGACAGUCUGGGAAUUCAAGACCUGUGAUGGAGAAACACCCUUGACUCUGGCAGUUAAAGCUGACCUGGUGGGAAAUGUCAAGACGUUGCUAGAAAAGGGGGUCUGGCCCAACACCAAAAAUGACAAAGGAGAGACGCCCCUUCUGAUAGCUAUAAAAAGGGGCUCCUAUGACAUGGUAUCUGCACUGAUUAAAUACAACACCAGCCUUGACCAACCCUGUAUCAAGCGAUGGUCAGCAAUGCAUGAAGCAGCCAAGCAAGGCCGAAAAGAUAUUAUCGCCCUACUACUGAGCCAUGGCGGCAACGUGCACCUGAGAGAUGGCUUUGGAGUCACACCUUUAGGAGUCGCUGCUGAGUAUGGUCACUUUGAUGUGUUAGAACAUCUGAUCCACAAAGGUGGUGAUGUGUUUGCUUUGGCGGAUGAUGGGGCAUCUGUGUUAUUCGAGGCAGCAGGGGGAGGAAACCCUGACUGUAUUUCCCUCCUGCUGGAAUAUGGAGGAAGCGGCAACGUGCCUAACAGAGCGGGACAUCUUCCAAUACACCGAGCUGCCUAUGAGGGACAUUAUCUUGCUCUGAAAUAUCUCAUCCCAGUAACAUCCAAACAUGCAAUCCGGAAAAGUGGCCUAACUCCAGUUCACUCAGCAGCAGAUGGACAAAAUACUCAGUGCCUGGAACUGCUCAUUGAUAACGGGUUUGAUGUCAAUGCCCUGCUUGCUGACCACAUUUCCCAGAGCUAUGACGACCAGAGAAAGACUGCACUUUAUUUUGCUGUCUCUAACAAUGACAUCCACUGCACAGAAGUCCUUCUGGCUGCAGGUGCAGACCCCAACCUAGAUCCCCUCAACUGUCUACUUGUGGCGGUGAGGGCCAAUAGCCAUGAAAUUGUCCGGCUGCUUCUCUCCUAUGGAGCCAACGUCAACUGUUAUUUUAUGCAUGUGAAUGAUACUCGUUUUCCCAGUGCCAUCCAGUACGCCCUAAAUGAUGAGGUUAUGCUUAGGCUCCUGCUGAAUAAUGGCUACCAAGUGGAACUGUGCUUUGACUGCAUGCAUGGAGACAUCUUUGGAAACUCAUUUGUAUGGUCAGAGAUAGAGGAGGAGGUACUGCCAGGAUGGACAUCUUGUAUAAUAAAAGAUAACCCGUUCUGUGAGUUUAUUACAGUCCCAUGGAUGAAGCACCUGGUGGGCAGCAUUGUCCGGAUACUCAUAGAUUACAUGGACUAUGUCCCUCUGUGUGCUAAACUGAAGUCUGUGCUAGAAGUACAGAGAGAAUGGCCAGAAAUCCGGCAAAUAAUAGAGAAUCCCUGCUCACUAAGGCAUCUGUGCCGGUUAAAAAUCCGCAGACUUAUGGGACUCCAGCGACUCUGCCAGCCAGCCUCCAUGGAGAAACUCCCUCUCCCAGCAGCGAUUCGAAGAUACUUACUAUUUAAAGAAUAUGAUCUCUAUGAACAACAGCUAAAGCUAAAAUGAUAUUUUAAAAUGUGAUUCUUAAAAGUAUUUUAAAAUGUGACUCCCCUAGAGAAGUCAUUGAAAUCUUUUAUAUUCUUAAGUGUGUCUAAAUCCACUGAGAAUUUUGUAGUUGUGUCCGGUCCCUAUGGGAAGAACAAGGAUACUCCUAAAGAAUUUUAGGUUCCUAAGAUAAGCAAUAUCCUGCAUUUGAAUUUCUAUUGAUUGUCUUCAGUUGUUACAAGUCUUCAAAUUCUCCCUCUCAACUGGAUGUCAGUGAUUGAGGGUCUAGGCUAACCGGCAAAUAACCACUUUCUCAAACCCCUGCAUGUAUGUGCCAGCUGCUGCCCGGUUCUAUUGUCAGAAUCGCUGUUCCAGAAAAGCACCCAUGGACUUGCAGAUUCCCUCUGUAAUCUGGCUUCCCCUGAGCCCUCUACUACUCAGCUCAUGGUCCCUAACAACUUCCUUGAUGCUAAAUUUGAAAAACAACUUUCACUCUCACUCCCUCUUCCUGUUGAUUCUUGCAGCAUCUAACUCCAUUUCCUGUACCUUCCUUGGUUUUCGUCAUAUGGAUGUCUCGCUGUUCACCCUCUCAGCCCUCCUGCCCAGCCUGGGUCUCUGCUUCUUUGUGCUGUUCCUCUUUCUGCAGUCCUCUAGUCAUGUCCUCUGUCCUUUUGGGUCAUGCUGUGUUCUCUGGGAAACGCCAUUCACCUACAUGUUGUGAUCACAUUGCUGGGGGCUAUAGCAUUUACAGGUGAAGCUCAACCUUUAGUCUCCUGUGCUUCAGACCUACCAGACAUCUAAACACAAAGAUAUCUUCAAUUCAAGGCGUCCUCAAAUCCUUCCUUCAUGAAACGCUUUUCUCUUCACAUUCGGCAGUUCAAUAAUUAGCACAAUCAAUUCGGUUUCCAAAUGAAAAAGAUUUUGUGUCCGUCUUUACCAUCACCACCCGACUCUCACCCAGCAUGCCAGCUCACCAAAUGCCAGAAGUUUCUCUCUCGUAAAGCCGCCAUUUCCUAGUCAGUCCCAUAAAUACCACUCUACAUCUGACUGCAAUCUUCCUUUUCCUGAGACAACACAGCGCUGCUUAUCUGGCUGGCCUGCCUUUAUCCCUCACAGAGUCUACUGCACGCCGCAUUCCAGAAUGAUCUUUCAGAGACUUAAACAUAGCUCAUUCCCUUAAAGAAGAUCCCUCCCACUAUUGUGUGAUAUACAUCCUGAGUUCUAACAUGGCCUCCAUGCUUUAACUAUCUCUUUCCUCUUUAGCCUGGCUGCACUCCCCCACCCCACCCCCUUAGCAGUAUCAUUGUUAUUUGUCUUCUAUAUUGAUUGCCAGGUCUUAUAAGACCAGAGGUUUGUUUUAUUAAUAAAAAUAAGGUCCUUUUUUUUUUAAGUAUGACAUCUAUUAUCACCAUUUCGUUUUUAAAGGGGGUUAUUUCUUAGAAUGCCAGAAAACAAGAUGAUGGUCAGCUCAGCUGUUAAAAUGGAUUGACAUUAGCUUUGACAAGACUGACGGUACUGUUCUCAUCUCCUCACUGACAUGCGAAACUUCACUCUGGUCCACAAGUCAGUGGUUCCCGUCCAAUUUAGGACCUUUAAGUCUCCAUCACCCUCUAGUUGAAGCUUUCUUUUUUCUUCUCCCUUUUGCCCCUCUCCCACUGAUUAACUGACCCCAACACUGCAGAUCUUGGCUCAGCUUUUGCUUCCUCUGGAAUGGAGGCCCCUGCCUAGAGCUGCUCACAUGGUACUGUGGUAGUUUUUGUCACACUAGACUGGAAGCUCCAUGAGGGCAGGAUCAUGUCUGCUUUAUUUCCCAGUGUGUGCUCAGAGCCAAGCUCAUUCCUUAGAAUAUGAAUGUUACACAAGAACGAGACAAAAAACAAUCAGUGACUUCAUGGUGAAAUGAUAGGUUUGAAUUUCUGACUUGGUAUGUGAACUAAGUCUUAUAAUUACUUAAAUUAAUUAGUCUUACAUUUUAAUAGAGUAUUUUUAACAUUUAUUUUAUCAUAAGAGUGAAUAUUCUCUUGGUAGUAACAUCCCAGUAGUUUGUAAAUUUUCUGAAUUGCACUUGCCUUCAGUCAUCUUUGAAAAAAUAAGUUUGGAAAGAAACCUGUAUAGUUAGGGUUUAUGGUUCUAAUGUAUUUUAUUUUCUUGAGUAUUUAAAUAUAAAUUAUAACAAUGUAUUUACUUUGAACUGUGAUGUUUCAUGUACAAGAUUUCAUAAUUCUUGUGUUUCUUUCUUCAU